AUGUAUAAUUUUGGUGACACAAGUCAACACGAUACAGGGCGACCGAACGAAACAUCGUUAGCAGAAAAUCUGGAUCAUUUGGGGGGGGCACGGGAUUUUUUGCAUAAUAUUGAAGAUGAAAUGAGACCUCAUGAGCGCCAAGGAGUUAAUACCGGAACCACAGCUACUGCGCAUGGUCUUCCUCACGCCUCCGCCUUUGCUCCGGAAUUCUCACCACAGUCGAACCUUGAUGAUCCCCGGGAAUCUUCAACGACAGCAACGGCUUCAGGGGGCCGGAAGGAAAAACACAAGGAUAACAGUAAAAUUCAGAUUGCAAAAGAAGUUCUUGGGCUUAAUAAGAAGGAUACUUCCGGGAUGUCACCUGAAGAAAAAGAGCGUGUAUUACUCGAGGAAAGGUGGAAAAGAGCUAUGGCAGAGGAGAAUCGUUUGAAUGUGCUUGAAGAAAGAGUAAAAAGCCGUGAGCAAGAGACUGCAGCCGCCGAUCUUCUUCCUAACUUCCCUCCAAAGAUUUUGUGCAUAAAACCACUUGUGCACCAUGACCUUCAACGGGUUCCAGAGAUAAGAAGAAAAUUUGUCAGGCUGAAUUUUAUUAAUUGGAUUGUAACUUGUGUUUUGCUUCUGCUCAAUAUGAUCGUUGCUAUUGCCGUGGUGGCCGCACCGUAUAAAAAGGAUGCAAAAAAAAUAUUUAAGCCUGCUCAAAAUUCUGUAUUAGCAAUUGUGUAUCUGCUAGGAGCGCCUUUAAGUUUUAUUGUCUGGUAUUGGCAGAUAUAUUCUGCAUGUUCCACAGGACGCCAAACGAAACAUAUAUUGAGUCUUUGCGGGUUGAUUAUAGCUCUUGCCUUUGUCAUUUUUAUGGUUGUUGGUCGCUCAAAUUAUGCUGCAUGUGGAGUAGAUCUUACACUAGACAUAUCUGAAACGAAAAACAAGCUCCUUGUCGUGCCUGUCAUCAUUGUUCUUGGCUGUUGGGUAACAGAAGGGGUUUGGCUCUGUUACUGUAUCGUAAGACAAUGGAUGUACUAUCGUUUAGAUGCGAACGCACAAGAAGAAGUGAGGCGCCAGAUGCAUAAUGUGAUAGGAGGGUAA